AUGACCGACACCACUGCACCGGUGCAUGGUCGAGGCACGGCUGCCGAGCAAGGCGCUCGUCUGCGUGAAGCUGCCGAUCGCGAGAUGGGACGGGUUCCGCACGCCGGAGACCGCAAGGCCAAGACCAGCCGCCGAUCCUCCCGCCGUAUCAGCCCUCAGGAGUCGCCUCGUUCGUCUCACCCUCCUCUCGUCGAUGACGACAAGCAACGCCGCUCUUCCAAGCGCAACAGCCGUCACCACCAGGCUGCCUCUGAGGCCGCCGAGGCCCCCUUCAGCGAAAAGACGCAUGUCGGCACAGCUGCAGCACAGGGCGCGGCCUUCCGAAGGGGCGAGGAAGCGGAGCUUCCCUCUCCCGAGCAGACGCGCGAAGCCCGCGAACGCCACCUCCGUGCCGCAUACGGAGAGACGCCCAAACUCGGUAAGGGCUCUCCGGUCAAGCCGCAUUUUUACAAGAUGACCGGUAUCGACAACAUCGCGCUUCUCAUGGAGGACGACUCGUACACCACCUCGUGCUUCUCCAUCUACAUGUUCAAGACCGAGCUAGACAUCGAGACGGUCGAAAACUUCUUCGAGGUGCUCGCCGAGACCUACCCCAAGUACCGCUACGUCGUCGAUCUCGACCCCAAGCUUUCCAAGAAGAAGGAGAAGGAGACUCUGCGUGGCAUGCCAGGCACCUCGCCUCCGCGUGGCGAAUUUGAUGCGGGGCGUCGCACCCGCUAUGGCAAGGGUCUCAAGGCAGGCUCGCUCCUUUCGCCCGCCCGCUGGCGCUUCGUGCCCGAUUUCGACAUCAAGGAGAACAUCAAGCACAUUGCUCAGUGCCCCGACGGUGGCGAUGACGUCGCGCUCAACAAGCUCGCCGGAGACUUCCUCGGCAGCCACUACGACUACUCCAAGCCCAUCUGGGGCGCGCUUCUGGUCAAUGGCCUCAACACUUCCGACGGCGGCCGCAGCGCCCUGAUGAUCAAGAUCCACCACUGCUUCUCCGAUGGUCAGGGAAUGAUCCAGAGCUAUCACGCUGCUCUCGGUGCACUCGAGCAGGGCAUUGGCAUCCGCGAUAUCCAGAGGAAGGUCGACUCCAACACCGCACAGAACAAGCGCCCCGGACAGCGCGAGGACAAGCCAACGGCCUGGGGCACCAUCCGCCACGGCUUCCACCUCGUUCGCGGUCUCUACUUCCGCAGCCGCAAAUCGUUCCUCUACCAGGAGCAGCGUGAGCGUGUCGCCGGCAGGCGCUACUGCCACAGCAAGGGCAUCGACAUGAACGACAUCAAGAUGAUUCGCAAGGCAUAUGGCAACGAGAAGCUCAACCUUACCCUCAACGAUGUCGCCCUGGCCAUCCUCGCCCGUGCGCUCCGCAUCGCCUCGGAACGCGUCGACCCCAGCCGCCGACACAAGGACAAGCGUGUGGCGAUCUUUGUGCCCAUCUCGGUGCGCCCCAAGGGCGAUUGGUCGCUCAGCAAUGCCACCACCGGCUCGAUCGCGUGGCUGCGCUUCGAGAAGGAGGAGCAUCCCGACUUUGAGGCGCAACUCAGCCAGGUCCAUCGCGAGAUGGGCCGCAUCAAGCGCUCGUACGGCCCCAAGAUCCUCUUCAAGGUGUUCAACGCCGCCUCCAAGCACCGCAUCACGUAUCUGCCCAACUACCCGCUUCUGCGCCAGUUCUACUACCGGGCCUUCCGCGAGUACCACGUGGCUACCAACGUCCCCGGUCCUCCCAAGCCGGUGCGCUUUGGUGACCACGAGGCGUACAGCUAUCACGUGCUGCCGCCCUCGAGCCCGGGCAAGUCGACCAUGGCGAUUGGCAUGAUCUCGUACGCCAACGACUUUUCGCUCGCCGUGUCUUGCGACGAUGUGCCCGAGUUUGCGCAUCUCGCCGAGGAGAUCUGCCAGGCGUUCCAGGACGCCGCCGAGCAGAUCAUCGAGGCUGCCAACCAGAAGCUGGCCAGCAGCAAGGAGGCGAGCAAGGCGCAAUGA